AUGGACCAAAGUGGAGGCAGUUGGUUUUCAGAAAAGGCCAGUAAUCAGAUGCUUAGUCCAAAUUGGCUGAGUCACCAUGCACUCCUUGAGCUUUGUUGUUGGAUACUUGGUGGUACUACCCUCCAUGUUGCUGCUAGAACUACCAUGAAAAGCCAAGCCCAUAGAUAUAUCAGAACAAACUCGGUGGGAGGUUUGAUACGUAUCAAAGGCAAUGUAGCAAAGAGGACAGAAAGUGGAGGGUGCUAUAGUCACAAGCAGUUUACAAAUGGUGGCCGAACCAGAAACUUCAAAGUGGAGCAACCAAACAGAAAAAUAUUACUGGAUUUGAACAACGUUUGUGAUACUUGCUGGAAGUCUGAGACUUCUACAGGUUCUGAGCUUACUUCUUCAUCUUCCUUGUUUUAUUAUCGGGCGCCCACUUACAGUGAUAUCGCCACUUUGGGAGCACUUUUACCCCGCAAGGACAAAACCCUAUUCCCCUCAUUUAGGGCUAGUGUUAGAGGCUUAGCCGACGCUAAGAGGUUGAGCAAAACUGGUCUCACGAAGGGCGGAGCUUCGGGGAAGGACGACGACGUCUUGGGCAGCAUUAUAGGGAUCGGUGUUCAUGGGCGUAAGCUGAAUGACAACGCUAUUGGGUUGGAGCAAAAUGGAGGCGCCCAAGGGUUGGAGGAAUGUGGCAAUGCCAUGGGGUUUAGGGCCCUUCACGUUGGUUCAAGCGAAGACAAAAUGUCAGCAGGAGGCUCCAGACUAGCUACCUCGAUCUUGGGUAAUGCUUUGCGUACGGACGCUGAAGCGGAGAGGGAUGGAGGCAAUGCCAGCAAUGUGCAAUGUGCUGGCAGCGCCAGCGACAUGCUUGACGAUGUCAUUCCAUAG